GCUCGUAUUAAUAUGUGGUUUGUGCUAAGGGUUUUGUACUGCAAUCAAGCAAACAGAAUUGAAUUAAAUAAUUUUUAUUAAUUUUUGACCUAUUUGGUUUAUUUACUCAAUAAUUAUGAUAAAUAAUGCUGGAUUCAUUUCAGAUUGAAAUAAAAUCUCUAUGCGCCCCGUUGUAUAGUAAAAAAAAUAAUUGUGACCUUGCGUGCAUUAUAUUUGGUAAUAUGAACCUGAAACAAUUAACAACGAUUAUGAUUGGUUGACAAAUAACCAAUGGCAGCACAUAGCAACAUAAUAUAAACGUUUGAUCAUCCUCAGUUUGCUCAUUAUUCCAAAUUGCACUUAUUAUCUUAGUGAGAUUCAAUGAAAUUGAUUUCAAUGAUUACAAAUAUUCAAUUAUUAUCUGUUCUAUGCUUACUUACUUAUGUGAAUGCAGGUUUAUUACAAAAAUCAAAUGAAGAUGAAAUUUCAUCCGUUGGAAAGACUGAUUCUGGACAAGAUAUAGAGCCGUCAAUCGUUUCUGAUGUUGUUGCAGAAAGUGUUGAUAGUUUGAAUGAAACCACAAAUGUAGACAGUCAUAAAGAAGGAACAUCUAACUCGAAUUCCUCUGAGUCGAUUGUAGUGGCUGACGUUGCUAACACUGAGACUGUUGUCAACUUAACUUCAAAUCCUCCAGAAUCUACGAUAGGAAAUUCUGACAACAAUUCAGAUAGCACUGACAACUCAGAUGUUUCCUCUACUCUGACGACAGAAACUGAUACUACUCAGAAUGAUAUCGUUGUUCCGAUAAUUGCAGAGGGUUCAGAAAAUCAUACAGAAAGUACUUCUACUGUGACAAGUGGUGAAAAUCAUACAGAAAGCACUUCUACUGUGACAAGUGGUGAAAAUCAUACAGAAACAGUUAUAUCUGAUUCAACCUCAGAAAAUCUUGAUAACCAUACAGAAGCCCCUACAGAUGCUAAUACACCUUCUCCUUUGAUAGUAGCCGUUGGGGAUCUUUGUAAAGAGUUUGGUAUUCACAUGGACACACAGUUGACUAGUCUAACAUCAGGAGACUUGAAAAAUCAGACAGAAAGCACUGGUAACUCAGAUAUAACCCCUCAUACACAGGUCCAUAACGUUGACGAGAAUCGUACUGAUGACUCUCACUUAGAGUCAACUUCAGAAAGUGUUGAUAUUCGAGCACAAACUUUUACAGAAACACCUAAAUAUCCUUCUCCUUUGAUGAAACUAAUUGAUAACCUUUGCAAGGUGUUCACUAACACAAAUGAAAUUGUCUCUGAUACAACAGAAGAACCUACCGAAAUCAUCACAACAACUGAGACAAACAACAUCACUGAGUCAGAAACCAAGUCUACCGACAACGAAACACAAAGUGUUUCCAAUAUUUGCAUUAAUACUAUGUGUGCAAAUGAAACAGGCACAACAACUGAACAACCAAGUACUACCGGUGCAGUAUUGCAUCAUUUAAAUCUUUCUGAUAUAAAGAGUAAGAAGUGUAAAACAAAGAAAUCAGAUGAAGAUGACUGUGAAACCGAUUCAGAAAAUGAAGAUGCCUCGGAAGGAACCGAUAGUGAUGGUGAUAGUAAUGAUGAAAGUGACGAUGAUAAUGAAUGAAAUUGAUAAACUUGUGCUGACAUUAAACACAAUCUCUGGUGUACCACGAGAUGAUUUUACAUUUAUUAAACAUAAAACAAAAGCAAAAAUGAAUUAGCGUACUAAUCUUUUAAAUUCCGCUUAAAUUUUACAAUUUAAACAUUGAAACAAGUUCUGUCAACUGAUUGCAAAAAGAUCAAUGUAACAUUCAGUCAUUAUGUAUUACAUUUUAUCUCUUCACAAUAUAUAUACAUACUUGGUAUUGGCUGAAAUAUAAAUUUUUCUUAAAUUAAA